AUGGCUUCGGAAUUCAUUGGCUACAAUGUCCUCGUGGAACUCAAGGAGCCACCGGGCGCAAGACUGGUGGGCCAGGUUGCCAAUGUCUUCGGGCAGCAGCUGUUGCUUCAUAACGUCACGCUGCUUUGGAACGGCCAGCGUCUUGCGCAAUACUCUAUUGAUGCCUCUGUGAUCGGCGACCUAUCUCUUGAAACCAGCACCCAAGCUCCUCCACAGCCUCAGCAUGUGCCUCAGCCGCAGGCUCAUUCUCGCCCUCAAUCAUAUGCGCCAUUGAAUGCGCCAUUGGGCCCAACUCAAGCCACUCCGACCCAGCAAGAUUUUAUGGACCCGGCUAUCCUCAGCUACACGCCCAUCAAGUCCAAACCGUCAGCCGAGAAUAGACCACCGGCUGGAUCCGCUAAACAUUUCCCCGCAACGAUCUCGUCCUCUCUGAGCGAGCCGUUUAGCAGUCUGGAACUGAAUGCAGACGGCGAGGAUACUGGAACGCAAGGGGGCACCAACAAGAACUUGGGACAAGGCCCACAGGCGCCAUCGCCUCAAAAGCUGACACCUCAGCGCAACCGACGAGCUAACCAGAGUGUGGAAAGAGGCCAUGCUGCCAAACACGGCGCUGCGGCAAGUACCAACCCUAAGAGCAAGGGCUGGCGUCAGACUGCGUUUGUGGAGCCAGCGGGCCCUGCAUUCCAAGAUUCGCCGGAGCCCAUGUCGCGAUCUGGGCCGAAGCUACGUAAAAAGAAGUCACGCCGCUAUACCGAGGAUCCUAGUGGCUGGGCUACCGAGGAUGCGACUGACAUUCAAGAGCUAGGCGAAUUCGAUUUUGCAAGCAAUCUCUCGAAAUUUGACAAGCGGACUGUCUUUGAACAAAUUCGCAAUGAUGACACUACUGCGGACGAAGAGCGUCUGGUCAGCUUCAACCGGAAGAUCAAGCCCGGAACCAAUGGCGGUAAAAACCUCCACUGGACCGAAAACGUGCUUGAUAGUCCACAGAACAGUGACACCGGUGAUACCACUGGCGAAGACUUCGAGGGCAGCAAUGAAAUGAAGGUAGGCGGCGAGCCACUCUCCGCACGUGAACGGCCACGAGCACAGCCUUCCCGCAAAGACAGUGCCAUACACGCCCCUCCAAUGAUGCAACAGCUCAGUGGACUGGGGCGUAGCCAGCUGCAUGUGAACAUCUCCCGUACGACCAGCCCUCGCCCUGGUCGGUCAUCGGUUUCGCCUAUGGUUGCUCCGAAUGUAUCUGGCGCAGGUUCGCUCCGCCUUACAACUACCAAUCGUAGUUGCCCUACCGUGAGCCCUUUGCAGACUCUGGAGAUCGAGCAGAUCUCCGUCGCCGAGUUUGGGCUAGCUGAGGAAAUCAUCACUGAAAACGCAGGGCGAGGCAUUGCAGAGGCCGCUGUGGCGCUUGUUUCUAACGACGCUGCUGCGCCAAACAUGGUCAUCAUCACUGGCAAUCACCGCACUGGAGCCCGGGCUAUUGCUGCGGCUCGACACCUACGCAACCGUGGACACCGAGUGACUGUUUGUCUACUUGGACUGGAGCAUGAGGCUGAACUGCUCGAAAACUGCCGUAAGCAACUUGACAUCUUCCGUAAGGUUGGUGGACGCGUGCUCAAAUGGGACGAGCUUUCCGCCCGCUUGGCCACCUCCGACCUAGGCCCAGACCUGCUGAUCGACGCUUUGUUCGGUAUGCAUCUAUCGUUUGAUGAUCUCCGGACCGAUGAUCAAAUUGUGGCCUUUGAGAUGAUCUCAUGGAUGAACCGAGGCAACGCCAGCGUGCUUUCCGUCGACGUUCCUUCGGGUCUACAUGCUUCUACUGGUGAGGUUACCAUUGCGGACGGGGCUCGACUUUGCGUGAAUGCCACAUCCGUGGUGUGUCUCGGAGCGCCAAAAACCGGAAUCCUGAAUGCCCUUCUAUCUGCCGAAAGAGUUUCUUGGGCUGUGGCCGUGGCUGUGGCAGACAUCGGAAUUCCUCAGAUCGUCUGGCGCAAGUAUGGCACUCGCCGUCGCCACGGAAUCGAUUUCGGAAACAAAUGGGUGGUUCCAUUGAAGUACCAGCCAUUGCUUGCUUAA